GAAAAUACUGGUCCUGCUGCCAGAUUUGAUAUACAUGCUGCAGACAGCCCACAGUAAGAACAGAAAGAAGAUGCUGCUCAUUUUCAGAAAUGUGAUGGGUCAUUUGAAGAAGAAGGACAGCUCCACUGCUCUGCAGCUGGCCGAGAAUCUCCCGCAACUGUUUGAUGAUGUGUCCAGCCAGGUGCGAGAGCUCUCCAUCUGCCUAUUCAAAGAAGUAAUACAGAUGGCGGAUUGGAAGCACCAGCGGCAGAUGCGGAAGAACGUGCAGGGGAGCCUGGUCCCACUCGUGUUGCACAUGAGUGAUGAGACUGAGAGUGUGGCCAAGGCCUCUCACAAAGACCUCUGUGUAGCUGCGAAGGUGCUCAGACGGACGUGGCUCAGUCACCACGUGCAGGCACUGGAGAGAUGGAGAACUGUGGAGUGCUUGCUGGAGCACAAGCGGAGCAGGGCUGAAGAAUAUGUGCGUCAAAGCAUGCCUUAUCUGCAGCACGCUCAGGUCACCGUGCGAAUGGCAGCCGUGAGGUUCAUCGGUGAGCUGCAGUCCCUGGAGUCCCCCUUAUGGCAGCCUGGCCCCAGUCCCAUCUGCUGCACUGGCAGCGAGGAGCAGCCCUGUAGCUGCCAGAGCCCCAGCUGCCCUGUACAGGGCCUGUGCAGCCAGGGGCUCUGUGCUUCCCCCUCCUACCCCUGCCCUGGCAGCAGGGCUCAGUGGCACCUUGCUCAGUGGCACCUCCCCUCGGGUCCUGUCCUUCCCUGGGGUCACCCCGCUGAGGGGAGGGAAGGGGUUCAGCCCAACCUUCAGAGCCGGGGCCACGAUACCAGGAGUGUGCUGGGCGGCAGCAGGUCUGACCGAGCUCUCUGCACAGGACUGGCUGCGCGGUACCUGAAUGACAGCAGCAAGGACACGCUGCAGGAGAUCUUCAAGGGUGAGUAGGGGCAGUGCUGUGUGUGAUGGGGCUGGCGGGGACAGGGGACAGAGCCUGGGCAGCGUGCUGUCCUGCUGUCCUGCUCCAGGGAACAUC